AUGGAUAACCAUGGAAUUUUCAUGGACAGUUCAACUGACAUCAUUCUGCCUCUCCUACCUGGAAAGACCUUCACCUCUACAAGCUUGGCAUUCAUGGAUUUAUCAACCAUGGCCUUCACUGCCACUCCUUUCAACAACUGCAGCCAGGAGAACAAGAACAAGUACAUGCUGGCCUACUGCCACUGGCUGGAUCCCUAUAUCUGUGGUGUUCAGGGAACCUCCAGGCCUCAUGUCUUCCACUUCUCCUGUCAUGAAGAAGAUGUGCAGAUGUUCACAAAGGACUACCAUUCCUCUGCCUCUCCAUGGAUGGGUCCCUAUUCCUUCCUCAACCUCUCUCAGCUCAAUACCACCAUCCUCAAGGAUACCCUCUCUGCCCUCACUGAGCUCAACAAUGCCCAGGCCAUGAAGAAAUCCUACCAGGAUCUUAUGUUUCACUGGAUCUCAACAACCAGAUGA